CAAGAUGGCGGAGGCCAAGUAGCCAGGGGGCGGAGUGUGGCCCCCGGAAACCCGGCGGCUGCUGGGGGAGCGGCGGCCGCGGUGGCGCGAUGCCGUGCCCGGGGGGCGCCGCGGGCCGCUGCUGAGGACGGGACGCGCGGCGCCGCCUAUGUGCGCCUCGCUGGGCUCGGGUCCGGUCGCCGCUGCGCCUGCCUGUGGCCGCCCUGCGCCCGCGGCUCCCGGAGCCCCGGCGGCGGCGGCGGCUGCGUCCCGGCGGAGAGGAAGCGCCCGGCGGCGUCCGGCAGGUCCAAGGGUAGCCAAGGAUGGCUGCAGCUUCAUAUGAUCAGUUGUUAAAGCAAGUUGAGGCAUUGAAGAUGGAGAACUCAAAUCUUCGACAAGAGCUAGAAGAUAAUUCCAAUCAUCUUACAAAACUGGAAACUGAGGCAUCUAAUAUGAAGGAAGUACUUAAACAACUACAAGGAAGUAUUGAAGAUGAAGCUAUGGCUUCUGCUGGACAGAUUGACUUAUUAGAGCGUCUCAAAGAACUUAACUUAGAUAGCAGUAAUUUCCCUGGAGUGAAACUACGGUCAAAAAUGUCCCUCCGUUCUUAUGGAAGCCGCGAAGGAUCUGUAUCUAGUCGUUCGGGAGAGUGCAGUCCUGUUCCUAUGGGUUCAUUUCCAAGAAGAGGGUUUGUAAACGGAAGCAGAGAGAAUACUGGUUAUUUAGAGGAACUUGAGAAAGAGAGAUCAUUACUUCUUGCUGAUCUUGACAAAGAAGAAAAGGAAAAAGAUUGGUAUUAUGCUCAACUUCAGAAUCUCACUAAAAGAAUAGAUAGUCUCCCUUUAACUGAAAAUUUUUCCUUACAAACAGAUAUGACCAGAAGACAAUUAGAAUAUGAAGCAAGGCAAAUCAGAGUUGCAAUGGAAGAACAACUAGGUACUUGCCAGGAUAUGGAAAAAAGAGCGCAGCGAAGAGUAACCAGAAUUCAACAAAUAGAGAAGGACAUACUUCGUAUACGACAGCUUUUACAGUCCCAAGCAACAGAAGCAGAGAGAUCAUCUCAGAGCAAGCAUGAAGCCGGCUCACAUGAAGCUGAGCGGCAGAAUGAAGGUCAAGGAGUGGGAGAAAUCAACAUGGCAACUUCUGGUAGUGCUCAGGGUUCAACUGCACGAAUGGAUCAUGAAACAGCAAGCGUUUUGAGUUCUAGUAGCACACACUCUGCUCCUCGAAGGUUGACAAGUCAUCUGGGUACCAAGGUGGAAAUGGUGUAUUCAUUGUUGUCAAUGCUUGGUACUCAUGAUAAGGAUGAUAUGUCGCGAACUUUGCUAGCUAUGUCUAGCUCCCAAGACAGCUGUAUAUCCAUGCGACAGUCUGGAUGUCUUCCUCUCCUCAUCCAGCUUUUACAUGGCAAUGACAAAGACUCUGUGUUGUUGGGAAAUUCCCGGGGCAGUAAAGAGGCUCGGGCCAGGGCCAGUGCAGCACUUCACAACAUCAUUCACUCACAGCCUGAUGACAAGAGAGGCAGGCGUGAAAUCCGAGUCCUUCAUCUUUUGGAACAGAUACGAGCUUACUGUGAAACCUGUUGGGAGUGGCAGGAAGCCCAUGAACAAGGCAUGGACCAGGACAAAAAUCCAAUGCCAGCUCCUGUUGAACAUCAGAUCUGUCCUGCUGUGUGUGUUCUAAUGAAACUUUCAUUUGAUGAAGAGCAUAGACAUGCAAUGAAUGAACUUGGUAGGAAGGCUACCCGGGGCAUUUCAUCACAGGAGCUAGGGCAGGGGCUUUCAGGGGGACUACAGGCCAUUGCAGAAUUAUUGCAAGUGGACUGUGAAAUGUAUGGGCUAACUAAUGACCACUACAGUAUUACAUUAAGGCGAUAUGCUGGAAUGGCUCUGACAAACUUGACUUUUGGAGAUGUAGCCAACAAGGCUACACUCUGCUCUAUGAAAGGCUGCAUGAGAGCACUUGUGGCCCAACUAAAAUCUGAAAGUGAGGACUUACAGCAGGUUAUUGCAAGUGUUUUGAGGAAUUUGUCUUGGCGAGCAGAUGUAAAUAGUAAAAAGACAUUGCGUGAAGUUGGAAGUGUGAAAGCAUUAAUGGAAUGUGCUUUGGAAGUUAAAAAGGAAUCAACCCUCAAAAGCGUAUUGAGUGCCUUAUGGAAUUUGUCAGCACACUGCACUGAGAAUAAAGCUGAUAUAUGUGCUGUGGAUGGUGCACUUGCGUUCCUGGUUGGCACUCUCACUUACCGAAGCCAGACAAAUACUUUAGCCAUUAUCGAAAGUGGAGGUGGGAUAUUACGGAAUGUGUCCAGCUUGAUAGCCACAAACGAGGACCACAGGCAAAUCCUAAGAGAGAACAACUGCCUGCAAACCUUAUUACAACACUUGAAAUCUCACAGUUUGACAAUAGUUAGUAAUGCAUGUGGAACCUUGUGGAAUCUCUCAGCAAGAAAUCCAAAAGACCAAGAAGCAUUAUGGGACAUGGGGGCAGUCAGCAUGCUCAAGAACCUCAUUCAUUCAAAGCACAAAAUGAUUGCUAUGGGAAGUGCCGCAGCUUUAAGGAAUCUCAUGGCUAAUAGACCUGCAAAGUAUAAGGAUGCCAAUAUUAUGUCUCCUGGUUCAAGCUUGCCAUCUCUUCAUGUCAGGAAACAAAAAGCCCUAGAAGCAGAAUUAGAUGCUCAGCAUUUAUCAGAAACUUUUGACAAUAUUGACAAUUUAAGUCCCAAGGCAUCUCAUCGUAACAAGCAACGACACAAGCCAAAUCUGUAUGGUGACUAUGUUUUUGACACCAAUCGACAUGAUGAUAAUAGGUCAGACAAUUUUAAUACUGGAAAUAUGACUGUCCUUUCACCAUAUUUAAAUACUACAGUGUUGCCCAGCUCUUCUUCAUCAAGAGGAAGUUUAGACAGUUCUCGUUCUGAAAAAGAUAGAAGUUUGGAGAGAGAACGAGGAAUUAGCCUAGGCAACUACCACCCAGCAACGGAAAAUCCAGGCACGUCUUCAAAGCGAGGUUUGCAGAUUUCCACCACUGCCGCCCAGAUUGCCAAAGUCAUGGAAGAAGUAUCAGCCAUUCACACCUCCCAGGAAGACAGAAGUUCUGGGUCUACCACUGAGUUACACUGUGGGACAGAUGAGAGGAACACACUAAGAAGAAGCUCGGCUGCCCACACACAUGCAAACACAUACAGCUUCACGAAGUCAGAAAAUUCAAACAGGACGUGUCCUGUGCCUUAUGCUAAAUUGGAAUACAAGAGAUCUUCAAAUGAUAGUUUAAACAGUGUCAGUAGUAGUGAUGGUUAUGGCAAAAGAGGUCAGAUGAAGCCUUCCAUUGAAUCCUAUUCUGAAGAUGACGAAAGUAAAUUUUGCAGCUAUGGUCAAUACCCAGCUGACCUAGCCCAUAAAAUACAUAGUGCAAAUCAUAUGGAUGACAACGAUGGAGAGCUAGAUACACCCAUAAAUUAUAGUCUUAAGUAUUCAGACGAGCAGUUGAACUCUGGAAGGCAAAGCCCCUCACAGAAUGAAAGAUGGGCAAGACCCAAACAUAUAAUAGAAGACGAAAUAAAACAAAGUGAGCAAAGACAAUCAAGAAGUCAAAGCACAACUUACCCUGUAUACACUGAGAGCACUGAUGAUAAACACCUCAAGUUCCAGCCACAUUUUGGACAGCAGGAAUGUGUUUCCCCAUAUAGGUCAAGAGGAGCCAGUGGUUCAGAAACGAAUCGAGUAGGUUCUAAUCAUGGAAUUAAUCAAAACGUAAACCAGUCUUUGUGUCAGGAAGAUGACUAUGAAGACGAUAAGCCAACCAACUAUAGUGAACGUUACUCUGAGGAAGAGCAACACGAGGAAGAAGAAAGACCAACAAAUUAUAGCAUAAAGUACAAUGAAGAAAAACAUCACGUGGAUCAGCCUAUUGAUUAUAGUUUAAAAUAUGCCACAGACAUUCCUUCCUCACAGAAACCACCAUUUUCAUUCUCAAAGAAUUCCUCUGGGCAAAGCACUAAAACUGAACACCUCUCUGCAAGCAGUGAGAAUACAUCCACGCCUUCAUCCAGUGCCAAGAGGCAGACUCAGCACCAUCCCAGCUCAGCACAAAGUAGAAAUGGCCAGACCCCAAAAGCCAACUCCUGCAAAGUUCCCUCUAUCAACCAGGAAACGAUACAGACGUACUGUGUAGAGGACACCCCAAUUUGUUUCUCGCGUUGCAGUUCACUAUCCUCUCUGUCCUCAGCUGAAGAUGAGAUCGGAUGUGACCCGGCACCACAGGAGGCAGAGUCUGCUAAUACCCUACAAAGAGCAGAAAUCAAAGAAAACAGUGGGACAAGGACAACAGAAGAUGCUGUGAGUGAGGUUCCAGCAGCGUCACCGCACAUCAGAACCAAAUCCAGCAGACUUCAGGCUUCUGGUUUAUCUGCAGAGUCAACCAGGCACAAAGCUGUUGAAUUUUCUUCAGGAGCCAAAUCUCCAUCAAAAAGCGGUGCUCAGACCCCUAAAAGUCCACCAGAGCACUAUGUUCAGGAGACUCCGCUCAUGUUUAGCAGGUGUACGUCAGUCAGUUCGCUCGACAGUUUUGAAAGUCGUUCAAUUGCCAGCUCUGUUCAGAGCGAACCCUGCAGUGGCAUGGUGAGUGGCAUUAUAAGCCCCAGUGACCUUCCAGAUAGCCCAGGACAAACCAUGCCGCCAAGCAGGAGUAAAACCCCUCCCCCUCCCCCUCAGACAGUUCAGACUAAGCGAGAGGUCCCUAAAAACAAAGCCUCUGCUGCCGAGAAGAGAGAGAGCGGCCCUAAGCAAGCUGCUGUGAAUGCUGCAGUUCAGAGAGUCCAGGUUCUUCCAGAUGCUGACACUCUAUUGCAUUUUGCCACAGAAAGUACUCCGGAUGGAUUUUCUUGUUCAUCCAGCCUGAGUGCUCUGAGCCUUGAUGAGCCAUUUAUACAGAAAGACGUGGAAUUAAGAAUAAUGCCUCCAGUUCAGGAAAACGACAAUGGGAACGAAACUGAGUCUGAGCAGCCUGAAGAAGCAAAUGAAAACCAGGAAAAAGAGCCCGAAAAGCCUACUGAUUCUGAAAAAGACCUGUUAGAUGACUCAGAUGAUGAUGAUAUUGAAAUACUUGAAGAGUGUAUUAUUUCUGCCAUGCCAACAAAAUCUUCACGCAAAGCCAAAAAACCAGCCCAGACUGCUCCAAAAUUACCUCCCCCUGUGGCAAGGAAGCCAAGUCAACUCCCCGUCUACAAACUCCUUCCCUCACAAAACAGGUUACAGGCGCAAAAGCAUGUUAGCUUCACCCCAGGAGAGGAUAUGCCGCGGGUGUACUGUGUCGAAGGGACGCCUAUCAACUUCUCCACAGCUACGUCUCUAAGCGAUCUGACAAUAGAAUCUCCUCCAAAUGAGUUAGCUGCUGGAGAAGGGGUUAGAGCCGGGGUGCAGCCAAGUGAAUUCGAGAAACGAGAUACCAUUCCUACAGAAGGCAGAAGUACAGACGAGGCUCAAAGAGGAAAAGCCCCGGCGGUGACUAUACCUGAGCUGGAUGACAGUAAAACAGAAGAGGGGGAUAUUCUCGCAGAGUGCAUUAAUUCUGCUAUGCCCAAAGGAAAAAGUCACAAGCCUUUCCGUGUGAAGAAGAUAAUGGACCAGGUCCAGCAGGCGUCUGUGUCUUCAUCUGGAACUAACAAAAAUCAGUUAGAUGGCAAGAAAAAGAAACCUACUUCACCAGUAAAACCUAUACCACAGAGCGCCGAAUACAGGACACGUGUAAGAAAACACACAGACUCAAAAAAUAAUGUAAAUGCUGAAAGAACUUUCUCAGACAACAAAGAUUCAAAGAAACAGAACUUGAAAAAUAAUUCCAAGGACUUCAAUGAUAAGCUACCAAAUAACGAAGAUCGAGUCAGAGGAAGUUUUACUUUCGAUUCACCUCAUCACUACACGCCCAUUGAAGGAACUCCGUACUGUUUUUCACGAAAUGAUUCUUUGAGUUCUCUAGAUUUUGAGGAUGAUGAUGUUGACCUUUCCAGGGAAAAGGCUGAAUUAAGAAAAGGGAAAGAAAAUAAAGACUCAGAAGCUAAAGUCCCCAGCCACACAGAACCAACCUCUAACCAACAAUCCGCUAAUAAAACCCAGGCUGUUACAAAACACCCCGUAAAUCGAGGUCAGUCUAAACCUGUGCUGCAGAAGCAGCCCACGUUUCCACAGUCCUCCAAAGACCUACCAGACAGAGGGGCAGCAACUGAUGAGAAAUUGCAGAAUUUUGCUAUCGAAAAUACUCCAGUGUGCUUUUCUCGGAACUCCUCUCUAAGUUCUCUUAGUGACAUUGACCAAGAAAACAACAAUAACAAAGAAAAUGAACCUCUCAAAGAGGCCGAGCCCCCUGACUCCCAGGGAGAACCCAGUAAACCUCAGGCAUCGGGUUACGCACCUAAAUCCUUUCACGUUGAAGACACCCCCGUUUGUUUCUCGAGAAACAGUUCUCUCAGUUCUCUAAGCAUUGAUUCUGAAGACGACCUGUUGCAGGAGUGUAUAAGUUCUGCAAUGCCAAAAAAGAAAAAGCCUUCAAGACUCAAGGGUGAUACUGAAAAGCAUAGUCCCAGAAACAUGAGCAGCAUAUUAGCAGAAGACUUAACACUUGAUUUGAAAGAUAUACAGAGACCAGAUUCAGAACAUGGUUUAUCCCCAGAUUCAGAAAAUUUUGAUUGGAAAGCUAUUCAGGAAGGUGCAAAUUCCAUAGUAAGUAGUUUACAUCAAGCCGCCGCUGCUGCCUGUUUGUCUAGACAAGCUUCAUCCGACUCAGAUUCCAUCCUUUCACUGAAAUCGGGAAUCAGUCUGGGGUCACCAUUUCAUCUUACACCCGACCAAGAGGAAAAACCCUUUACAAGUAAUAAGGGCCCACGAAUUCUAAAACCCGGGGAGAAGAGUACAUUGGAAACUAAAAAGAUAGAAUCUGAAAAUAAAGGAAUCAAAGGAGGCAAAAAAGUUUAUAAAAGUUUAAUUACUGGAAAAAUUCGAUCUAAUUCGGAGGUUUUAAGCCAAAUGAAACAGCCCCUUCAAGCAAACAUGCCUUCGAUCUCUCGAGGCAGGACAAUGAUUCAUAUUCCAGGAGUUCGAAACAGCUCUUCAAGUACAAGUCCGGUUUCUAAAAAAGGCCCACCCCUUAAGACUCCAGCCUCCAAAAGUCCCAGUGAGGGUCAGACAGCCACCACUUCUCCUAGAGGAACCAAGCCAUCCGUGAAGUCAGAAUUAAGCCCUGUGACCAGGCCGGCCCCCCAGCCAGCUGGGGCAAAUAAAGGGCCAUCUAGAUCAGGAUCGAGAGAUUCCACUCCUUCGAGACCUGCCCAACAGCCAUUAAGUAGACCCAUGCAGUCUCCAGGGCGGAACUCCAUUUCUCCUGGUAGGAAUGGAAUAAGUCCUCCUAACAAAUUAUCUCAGUUGCCAAGGACUUCAUCCCCUAGUACUGCGUCAACCAAGUCCUCGGGGUCUGGGAAGAUGUCCUAUACGUCUCCAGGCAGACAGAUGAGUCAGCAGAACCUUAGCAAACAAACGGGUUUAUCCAAGAAUGGCACUAGUAUCCCAAGAAGUGAGUCUGCCUCCAAAGGACUGAAUCAGAUGUGUAAUAGCAAUGGAUCCAACAAAAAGGUGGAACUUUCUAGAAUGUCUUCAACUAAAUCGAGUGGAAGUGAAUCCGAUAGGUCAGAGAGACCUGUAUUAGUACGCCAGUCAACUUUCAUCAAAGAAGCUCCAAGCCCAACCCUAAGGAGAAAAUUAGAGGAAUCUGCUUCAUUUGAAUCUCUCUCUCCAUCUUCUAGACCAGAUUCUCCCACUAGGUCCCAGGCACAGACUCCAGUUUUAAGCCCUUCCCUUCCUGAUAUGUCUCUAUCUGCACAUCCGUCCAUUCAGUCUGGUGGGUGGCACAAACUCCCACCUAAUCUCAGUCCCACCAUAGAGUACAAUGACGGAAGACCAGCAAAGCGCCAUGAUAUUGCACGCUCCCAUUCUGAAAGUCCUUCGAGACUUCCAAUUAAUAGGUCAGGAACCUGGAAACGGGAGCACAGCAAGCACUCGUCAUCCCUUCCUCGAGUAAGCACUUGGAGAAGAACUGGAAGUUCAUCCUCCAUUCUUUCUGCUUCAUCGGAAUCCAGUGAAAAAGCAAAAAGUGAGGAUGAAAAACACGUGAACUCGAUUUCAGGAACCAAACAAACUAAGGAAAACCAAGUAUCCACAAAAGGAACAUGGAGAAAAAUAAAAGAAAAUGAGAUUUCUCCCACAAAUAGUACCUCUCAGACCACUUCCUCAGGUGCUGCAAAUGGUGCUGAAUCAAAGACUCUAAUUUAUCAAAUGGCACCUGCUGUUUCUAAAACAGAGGAUGUUUGGGUGAGAAUUGAGGACUGUCCCAUUAACAACCCUCGAUCCGGGAGAUCCCCAACAGGAAACACGCCCCCCGUGAUUGACACUGUUUUGGAAAAGGGGAACCCAAACGCUAAAGAUGCAAAAGAUAAUCAGGGAAAACCAAGUGUGGGUAACGGCAGUGGCCCCGUACGCACCGUGGGUUUGGAAAACCGACUGAACUCCUUUAUCCAGGUAGAGGCCCCCGACCAGAAGGGAACGGAGGCAAAACCGGGACCGAGUAACCCUGUCCCUGCACCAGAGGCGAACGAGACUUGUGCAGCCGAGCGCACCCCGUUCAGCUCCAGCAGCUCAAGCAAGCACAGUUCCCCCAGCGGGACCGUCGCUGCCAGAGUGACCCCCUUUAAUUACAACCCGAGCCCUCGGAAGAGCAGCGCGGACGGCACGUCAGCCCGGCCGUCCCAGAUCCCCACGCCAGUGGCCACCGCCACGAAGAAACGGGAUUCCAAGACUGACGGCUCCGAGGCCGGCGGAACCCAGAGCCCUAAGCGCCAUUCCGGGUCUUACCUCGUGACGUCCGUGUGACAGCCGGGAUGGUGGCACUCGGGAAGCUGUCCGUCACAGCCGCUGUGUAGAAAUCCUGUUUCAGACGAAACUUUAAAACUGAAAAAUUGUGUAAAUAGGUUUGAUUGUUGGAGGGUUUGUUCUGGAAGCCAUAUUUGAUAGUAUCCUUUGUCUUCACUGGUCAUAUUUUGGGAAGCGCCCUUGGUAGUUAGGAAGAAGGUGGUAAAGCCAAGUAUAUUUGUACAGUCUGUUUGCCACGUAUUUAAGUAGCAUCCCUUCCCUCGCCCUUUAAUUAUUGCUUGUCCUAAAAUAAUGAACACUACAGAUAGAGGGUAUGAGAUAUUGCUGUCCUCAAUCAUUUCUAGAUUAUAAACUGACUAAACUGACAUCAGGGAGAAAUCUGUGUUUAUGCAAAAAAACAUUCUGUUUUAGUCCUCGUGAGUCCCUCUAACAUCACGAUUAAUCAUGUGGCUGUGAAAUUCACAGUAAUAUGGUUCCCGACGAACAAGUUUACCCAGCCUGCUUUGCUUUGCUGCAUGAAUGAGACUGAUGGUUCACCUUCCGAAGUAACGAUUAACAGUUCUGUGGUCACAUGUGCAUAGAGAUAGCUGCGUUGUAACACGCUACACUAUUUUGUGCUCAAAACAAAAAAAACAAAACAAAAAAUCUGUGUCACUGUAAAGCAUUGAAUGAAACUAUUUUACCUGAACUAGAUUUUAUCUGAAAGUAGGUAGGAUUUUGCUAUGCUGUAACUUGUUGUAUAUUCUGGUAUUUGAGGUGAGAUGGCUGCUCUUUUAUUAACGAGACACAAAUCGUGUCUCAACAGAAACUAAAUGAACAUUUCAGAAUAAAUUAUUGCUGUAUGUAAACUA